AUGCCUUCUCGCAUAGACAGCGAGGAGCACAAUCCGCAAAACGACGACAGCAGUGGAUCUAUGCUUGCCAAACUUAGUCAGCCUCAGUUUGACCCCGUCGACUUUAUGAACGACUCGCUACCCAACCUAAAUCUGUCAUCCCAGACCCAGAUCUCAAAAUCAGGCCGGUCGACGCAGAUUCAAAGUGCCUCUACCGACUCACUUGCGCUGCUCGCAUCUCUCAACACGAUCAGUAUUCGCUCCUCCGCGGAAUUGACAUCCUUAACGGACGAGAUCAUCCGCAGUGGGAACCGGCUUGCCUAUGAAGUAGAAGUCCUUCGUGGUGAUGUGAACGGAUUCCACGACCUGCUGACCGAGUCGUUGCGAGAUGAUAUCAGUCAGUUUGUCAAGAACGAGGUGUCUGGCAACGAGCCACCAGUCUUGAGCCCGGAGGCUGACGGUGAUGACACUUUGCAAAAUGCGGGAUCGGAGAAGGAGCCGGACUUCAUGACUCGACUGCGGCUGCUAGGCAAGGUUAAAGCACGUCUGGAGUCUGUGAUCACGAUUUUUGGAGAAGCAAUGAAAUGGCCGAUACCACCCUCGGAGUUGUCCAUGGCUUCAUCUCUCAUCUCAGUCUCUUCACCUGAACUGGGAAUACAGAGUACAGCAGAAGAUGACGAGGCACGCGAGGUAUUGAAAGGUAUUCGGGCGGAAAUCGACGAUCUACUGGGACCAGAGUCGGACGGCUAUGCCGGUCUGGAGGCAGCGUUUCAAAGAAUAGAAGAAUACAGGCAGUUGGCAAUACUUUGGAAGGGCACGGGCGAAGAAAAGACCAGACUGAAGUUCGUCGAUUCGUUGGCUAAACUGGUGGAAGACAGGAAAAAGACGCUGGAUGCACAAGGGAGGGCUCGGAAUGCUAAAAUGGCUAGUUCUGCACGACCAAGCUCCGCCGUGGGCAGAAAUCCGAGAAGCUCAACUGAAGGAAGCGGCGGUGCGGCUGGACUGUUCCGGAACCUGCAACGCUUGAAAGAUGAUUUGUAUCUCGAAUGA